GAUUUCUGUAGUCCCAGCGCGGGAGACUGCCAGCAAUGGGAGAAGUUCAAUGGGCAGAAACAAAGAGAAGAGCAAGGAAGUCGAGAAUUUCAGACAUUGAGAAGGGAUAAGUGGAAGGAGAAAAUGUUGGGCUGGUGUCAAGCGAUAGCUCGUAACCCUCACAGACUCCCAAACAUCACAAGAACACCCGAGGUCUCAGGUGAUGCUUCACAUACCUCUACCUUGCAUGACAAAUCCCCAGGGCGCUCUACAAGUCGAUCAAGUAACAUUUCAAAGGCAAGCAGUCCUACAACAGGAACAGCUCCUAGGAGUCAGUCACGGUUGUCUGUAUGCCCUUCUACUCAGGACAUCUGUAGAUCUACCACCUUGCAUGAUGUGUCAGAAGAUGAGUUUGAACAUGCAACACCUGUCAUGGUGCUGACCCCUGCUAGUAGGGAGUCUGGUAAGAAACAAGUGAAACGAAGGUGUAGGCGGAGGAAAGAGACUGGUGACAAUGUUGAGCAUACAGAAAAGCAAAGAAAAGAGAAGGACUGCAGAUUGUACCCAAUGGUUGCAAGCUCCAGAUGCAAUGCUUUGCACAAGGAAACAUCUGAUUCAUCAUCCUCAGAUGAGAAUCAGUGGGCUCAGGCUAGAAGGAGAGCCAGAGAAAAGGUUAAAAAGCCCAGGAGAGGGAGAAGGAGCAAUAGAUCUUGCAGUAACACAGAUGGAUCUCCAAAUAACAAUGCCAUUGAACUUGUCACUCUGGGGACAACAGGGGAAAAGAAAAAAGAGGUGUCUGAUUCUGAUAACCACACUUUAAAUCACCGGAGGAGAAGGGUUUCAAGAUGUAAAGAAUCUUGCCUUUCGCUGUCUUCAGUGUCCUCUCUGGAGGCGAGGAAUUAUUCAAGAAAAUGUGGAAAAAACAAGGGCAGAAGCUACCCCCAAGAGCUGCAGUCUUCAUCUCACCUUAGACAAAAUAAAGUGGCCGAGGAAGGUUUUACAGAGAGAGGCUCUGGCAGUGAUACUCUGAUAGUUCCAGAAAAUGGAGAACCUGUUGGGGCAGCGCCCAAUGUGACUGAUGCAGUUCAGAAACUUCCUGUUUUAUAUGAUGACUGGUCUGAUGAUUUAGAAGUAUGCAGGAUCUGUCACUGUGAGGGAGAUGAUGAAAGCCCCCUCAUCACACCAUGUCGCUGUACAGGGACCCUACGCUUUGUUCAUCAGGCCUGCCUGCACCAGUGGAUUAAAAGCUCAGAUACACGCUGUUGUGAACUCUGCAAGUAUGACUUUAUAAUGGAGACCAAGCUCAAACCUCUCCGGAAGUGGGAGAAACUACAGAUGACAACAAGUGAAAGGAGGAAGAUAGUCUGUUCAGUUACAUUCCAUAUUAUUGCUAUUACCUGUGUUGUUUGGUCGUUGUAUGUUUUAAUAGAUCGGACUGCUGAGGAAAUUAAGCAAGGCAAUGACAAUGGUGUCCUUGAAUGGCCAUUUUGGACAAAACUGGUUGUGGUAGCAAUUGGGUUCACUGGAGGCCUAGUCUUCAUGUAUGUACAGUGUAAAGUCUACAUUCAGUUGUGGCGCAGAUUGAAGGCUUACAAUCGAGUGAUCUUUGUUCAAAACUGCCCGGACACUGCCAAAAAACUGGAGAAGAAUUCUUCAUGCAUUCAGAACUCUGAAAUCAAGGAUGCUGUGGUAGUGCCAGUAUCACAGACAGGUACAAACUCUCAGCAAUCAGCUGAAGAAAUGACCUCUGAGGUCAUGCCAGUUUGACAGAGGUGGCAUUGUUUCUUCAAUGACAGUGUGUGUGUGUGUUUUUUACACCACAGCUACUACAAUCAUGCAUUUUAAAUAAAAGAACAAAAAACCCUGACCAGGGAAAUGGAUACAGUGAAGCAACAUGCAUUACUUAUGGAAUGUGACCGUUUGUGAAAUAGUUUCUCAGUCAGCCAGGUGUAGUGGAAAUGUAGAAAGCACAACAGAGAACAAUUCUCACAGACAUGACAAAAUGACCUUUUUAACUUGAUGAUCAGGAGGAAUUGAAAACAGACUUGUUCUGUUACAGAAAACAUCAACAACUUUCUAUUUGUUACCACUAGGCAUCUUAUUCGCUAAUCAUCUUAAAAAUACACUUCAAGGUGACACUACUAAAAAGUCAUUUGCAUUAAACUUAAAUCAACAAAGUAAACAGACCUGCACCAUGUCACUCUCUUUCUAAAGUAAUCGUUGAAUGGCUACAGUGGAGCCUGAAUGUUUCGGCAGCCAUGUGAGCUAAGGAUGUGUGUUUGUUGUUUUUUUUUUUUUGCAAAAUAAGCAAUUUCAACAAGUAGUCUUCAAACUGCCUCAAACACUUCCUUGGUCCCAUAAAAUACAAGUAUUAUUUAGCGACAAGGCUAAAAUUAUUGGCUCUACAUCUGGAACAACACUUUUAGUGCUGCUUAUCUUAAAGACUUGUUAAGUGGUGAAUUAACAUGAACUCUCUGCCUAUAUAUAUAGAAAGGAUAUAUAGAAAAGUUUUUCUCCAAAAUGCAAAAAGACGAAGUAUAAUCAGAGGCAUUACAGGUUGAAGUAUGCAGUUCAUUACAAAAGAAUAUGAAAUGAAUUUAUACCCUCACACCCCUAGGAAUGACAGUUAAAGUGUGGGGGGGCAGAGGUAGAAUUUUUUAAGAGUUCAUGCUUCAACAAUUAAGGUAUCACAAAAGAGCAUACCUGGACCUAUUAAAAGAUGCCAGUAUCGCCCUGUUCUGACUUGACUGGAUAGUUCUCCUCUGUUCAGGAUAAGACUGUGCGAUUAGGGAUUCAACAGUUCAGUUGUUAAUUUUGUGUUUUGAGCAUUUUCAUGUAAAACUGAAGUGUGAAUAACAUUAAAGAGUGCAAUAGAUAAAUAAAUGUAGAUAAAAUGAUGUCCAACAAAGGUGAGUUACAUAAAGAAUUUUGUGAUUCACUUCCAA